UGUCCUGAGUGGAUAUAUAUGAGACCUCAGGCCUCCUGAAGUUAACUGUAGCCAAUACAACUGUAAGAUGUCAGAUGUUCGUGAGGAUCAAGAGGAUUCUAGUACAGACACACUCUCUGAACUCGACUCUGAUGAUGAGUCAACCUCUAGCUCGAAUAUGGAAGAAGAAAGUCCUCCAAGCCUGAAGGAAAGGCUUUGCAGUUCAGUGAUGACUACCUUAAUUAGAAAGCUCCCCCAAAUAAUGAAGAAAGUACAAUCUGUGAUUGAUGAGAAUUCAGAAGACAAGAAAGGAAGAAAAUACACCAUCUUGAUCUUUUACCACCAACGGAAGGAAAAAAAGAAACAAAAGCAAGAAAAGGAAAAAGAAGAGGUCCCAGAGGAAUCUCAACUUUUAAAUAAUACUGUAGCUCAACCUGAGCCACGCCAGUACCCCAAAUCCUCUCCAUGUCACCCACCAAAACGAGCGCGGAAUAUUACACCCAUACAUAAGAAUGUGUGGACACCGUUGACUAAAAUGCAAUAAA